CAACUCUGAUACCGGAAAUGCAUCACCAACAAGCGACGGUGCCAUCUUGUCGCCGGAUACAACUGCGUUGUGUUGUUAAACUGCGUGUUUGUGUCUUAAUAUUCUCACGGGAAAACCAAAAUACUGAUUAACCAUGGCUAUGCAAGCAGCGAAACGCGCCAAUAUACGAUUGCCGCCGGAGGUCAACAGAAUCCUUUACAUCAGGAACCUUCCUUAUAAGAUCACAGCGGAGGAAAUGUACGACAUCUUCGGGAAAUACGGACCGAUUCGUCAAAUCAGAACAGGGAACACACCUGAAACGAGAGGAACAGCCUAUGUGGUUUAUGAAGACAUAUUUGAUGCCAAAAAUGCUUGUGAUCAUCUGUCAGGCUUCAACGUGUGCAACCGCUACCUGGUGGUGCUUUACUACAAUGCAAACAGGGCGUUCCAGAAAAUGGACACAAAGAAGAAAGAAGAACAGUUGAAGCUGCUAAAAGAGAAAUACGGGAUCAACACAGACCCUCCAAAGUAGCCUUUUUUUUCAUGUGUGUUAAAAUUAUUGUUUUUUUAAUUUUCAUUCAGGUAACACCAGGAGCUUGACUCAUAAAUCCUGUUCAUCUUUUUACAGUAUUUUAAUUUUCCUGAAAUACCGCUGUACUUUCUGUAAAAUAAAUGCCCUAACUAAAUA